AUGGGAUUAUACAUUUCUCUAAAUGAAAGCUCGAGGACUUUUGUGUUUCAGCUUAGAAAGGAUUUCACCAACAAUGCCAACUCUGCUAUUGCUUCUAUGAGAGGAUUGUCAGCUACUAAAUCAUCUGGUCGGGCGGACCUCACACUUCUAUUCCGUGCAGCGGCUCAGGAAGCUAAACAUUCCAGAGCACAAAACCUAAUCUUAAGGAUUCUCAUAUACCGCAGGGCAUCCGUGAGACCAACUCAUGAUUGGCCGAUAAGGCAGAAGCUCUUCACUUUGGAUGUUCUGUACUUUCCCGACAAACCGAAUCCUGAUAACUGUCCUCAAGGUGUGUAUGGCUCUCUUGUCGAUGCUGUAGAACAUGUUUCAGACAUGUCUAAUAACGUCUUCUAGGUUAUAUUUGGCUUAACUAAACUAGUAUUCGACUAAUAUUCAAUGUUAUUAACAUAUCCCCAAGUCUCUUGCAAAGAAGAUGAUCUCGAUAUCCCCAAGUCUCUUGCAAAGAAGGUGCCGGUUGAGGCACCAAGUGCUGAAGAUCAUCACAGUGGGAACAAUAUCCAGACCAUGAGUCAGCGGAGAACAUUGUUGUUGAAUCUUUACAAUAGGCUUCUUACUAACCAACCUUGCGAGUUGAUUCAGAUGAAGUUGUCAUUUGUGUUUAAAGUUAUUACAGUGAUGAAUAUUUUCCCCAUUUUCUUCUCGACAGCAGGCGAAAACCUCCGCAAACUCACUUUCUUCUCAAUCGCCUUGAGACACAUCCUCAAAUCUCCAAUCUACGACAAUAUCGGUGCCGAUUUCAACUUUCCGGCAGCAUGUCCAAGCGGACAUCCCGUCGAUUGA